AUGUCAUUGUAUGGCGCUUCCGUUCAAGAUACUAAUGACAAUAUUGACUACAGUGGUCCAAGCUUGAAUGGAAUUGCUAAUGAUAUGAAAUCCGUAGUUGAUGACUCAGCCAAUAACUUAAUUUGCGAGGCCAAUCAGACCUUUGACUCUCUUUUCGGAAAAAUCAUAAAUAUGGUCAAUGAAUUUGAAGACUCCAACAUAAACAGUUUGGAAGUGAAAUAUGGUUUGAAGAAUGUGGAAGAAUUUUUUGGAAUUGCGGAAGAAUUCCGUCUGCAAUUGGUAAAGACCAAAGAUUUAACAGAAAAAGCAAUCACAGAAGUACAGGAACCGGAGAAAAAGAAGCUUCAAGAUCUUCUUGAUCAACUCAACAAUAUUACUGAGACAAUUGAGCAAUUCGAUGUUACAACGAAAGCAACUAACACUUCACGUGAAGCAUUAAAUUCAGUUACGAAUGAUCUUGCUCAAGCUAUUACUCCAGUAGAGAAAAAAAUCGAAGAUAUUCGGUCAAUGUUAAUGGAUAUCCAAUCGAAGGUUGCCGAUUCUUCAGCUCGAAGCUCGGCAUUUUCUGGAGCAAAAGCUAUUAUUCUUGUACCGGUGACUGUAGUGGCCGCUUCUGUCAUAUUUGUACUUGUAUUUGGUGUUUUACGCAUCUUUCAAAGAAUUGCGCCAAAAAUAAUGUCAAAAUUCCUUAAAGUUGGAGGAAAAGUUGCAACUUUUGGAAUUGUAUUAACCUUUAUUAUUUCGUGGAUUAUUAUGGCUUUAUCAACUAUUAUGUUCUUUGGUGGUUUUGGUAUCGAGGCCGGCUGCAAAGUGCUGUUUCGUGAUGAAGAUAUGAAAAUUUUCAAGCAUAUUCCUUACCUAGACUUCGAAAUUCCAAAUCAUUAUGACACAAAGAAUGCAGUUAAAAUAAAUGUUGGCGAUGUAUUUAAGCAGUGCAGCAAAAAUAGCUCAAUAUACACAGUUUUCCAAGGAGAUAAACUGAUAAACGAAACUGGAAUAAUGAAUGACAUAGAUCUUCCAAAGCACAAAAAUGAAGUUAUUAAAGCCAUUCAAGAACAUAAUAUUACAUUCACGUUUCCAGAUACUCAUCUCGCCACUACUAAAGGUGAUACAGACAACCUACAGAGUGCUCUUGACGGCAUUGGUGAUCAAGAACAAUUAAAAGAUGUAAAGGAUAAUGGAAAUAAACUGAUAGAAAUGCUUAGAAACAUGACCACCAUCUUUAAUGAAACGUUGAAAGCUGCUAAGAAGUCGGAAGGAUUUAUUAAUGAUACUAUUGUUAUGGUUGACGACCUUUUUAGUAAUCUGAGUAAAACCGUACCAAAUCUGAUCGGCAAUGUUAAAAAUGAUUUACGAGAAUCUGUUUACCCCUGUCGACCAGUAUACGAUUUAUGGCAAAACAUUGGUGCGCUGGGAUGUGAUCGAAUGGGCAAACCAGUUCAAGGGGUUUGGACCUCUCUCGGAUUAAUCGCUGUUCUUUUCAUACCAACUGUCAUAUUAAUGAUUAUUGUCUCUGGAAUAUUGUACGAAAAAUAUCAGCAGAACGACUAUGCGAAGAGGGAGUCAGACGUGGUAUAA